GGACGCAGCCAUGCUCCCCGCCAGGAAGGCGCAGGUCCCGGCCGCCACCCGAGGCGCAGGCCGGCUGCGGCUGCUGCUGCUGCUGCUGCUCCACCAAGGAGCCCAGGCGCUGGAGUGCUACAGCUGCGUGCAGAAGGCCGAUGACGGCUGCGCGCCGCACAGGAUGAAGGCGGUGAAGUGCCCGCCCGGCGUGGAAGUCUGCACCGAGGCCGUGGGGGCGGUGGAGACCAUUCACGGGCAGUUCUCAGUGGCAGUGAGGGGCUGCGGUUCGGGACUCCCCGGCAAGAAUGACCGCGGACUGGACCUUCACGGGCUCCUGGCCUUCAUCCAGCUGCAGCAGUGUGCCCAGGACCGAUGCAACGCCAAGCUCAACCUCACCUCUCGCGGGCUAACCCCUGCAGGCAACGAGAGCGCCUACGAGCCCAACGGGGUCGAGUGCUACAGCUGCGUGGGGCUCAGCCGGGAGCAGUGCCGGGGCUCGGCGCCGCCCGUCGUGAGCUGCUACAACGCCAGCGACCGCGCCUACACGGGCUGUUUCGACGGCAACGUCACCUUGACGGCAGCGAAUGUGACGGUGUCCCUGCCGGUGCGGGGCUGCGUGCAGGACGAGGAGUGCACGCGGGACGGGGUGACGGGCCCGGGGUUCACCCUCAGCGGCUCCUGCUGCCAGGGCCCGCGCUGUAACUCCGACCUCCGCAACAAGACCUACUUCUCCGCCCGGAUCCCCCCGCUCGUGCUGCUGCCCGCCUCGACCUCCGCCGCGCCGGCGCCGACCACGCGGGCCGCCGCCCCCUCCUCGCGCCCCGCCUCCACCCCGGCCCCCGCCACCCGCGCCGCCGCCGCCGCCACCCCCGCCGCCGCCGCCAGCCAGCCGCCUCCCAGGGCCGCCGACCCCGAGGUCAUCCCGGAGAAGGACCUCUGGUUGGAGGGAGGGGCCGCGGGCCACCAGGACCGCAGUAAUGUGGAGCAGCACCCCGGAAAAGGCGGGGUUCCGAACACCCCUCAUAGUAAAGGCCCCGGGGCUGCUGCGGUUGGCGUGGCGACGCUCCUAGUGGCCGCGGCCGCUGGUGUCCUCCUGUGACUUUCCGGCUAAGGAGUCUUUGCGGCCUUGGGGUCCGCGCGGCCGAGA